GAUGGCGUCGAGCGGCGGGGAGCUUGGAGGCGUAUUUGACCACCACGUCCAGAGGGCUGUAUGCGACACGCGGGCCAAGUAUCGGGAGGGGCGGCGGCCUCGUGCUGUCAAGGUAUAUACAAUCAAUUUGGAAUCUCGGUACUUGUUAAUACAAGGAGUUCCUGCAGUGGGAGCAAUGAAGGAAUUAGUUGAGCGAUUUGCUCUAUAUGGUGCAAUUGAACAGUAUAAUCCUCUAGAUGAAUACCCAGCAGAAGACUUUACAGAAGUUUAUCUUAUUAAAUUUAUGAAUUUACAAAGUGCAAGGACAGCCAAGAGAAAAAUGGAUGAACAGAGUUUCUUUGGUGGAUUGCUUCAUGUGUGCUAUGCUCCAGAAUUUGAAACAGUUGAAGAAACUAGAAAAAAAUUACAGGAGAGAAAGGCUUAUAUAGCAAGAACUACUAAAAAUAAAGAUCAUUACAUGACAAAGAAGAAACUGGUUACAGAGCUUAAAGACACAAAAGAUUUUAGACAGGACUUCCAUUCAGGGACAUCUGGAUUUUGUGCAACCACGCAGAACACUUCUACUGGCAACUCAGAUCCUUGUCUUCCUUAUUCUUGUGAAUUGCCUUUAUGUUAUUUUUCCUCAAAAUGUGCAUGUUCAUCAGGGGAGCAUAUGGACAGGGAAUCAAACUUCUCUCGGGAUGGUAGAAACCAUGCUGAAACAGUGGAACAUUGUAUGUACAAUGACUCUUCGCAGAAGAUACAAAUGAAACCUUUUAAAAACUCGUUGGCUUGCCCUGGUGCACAGAAGGCUGUUACUUCUUCAGAGGCAGUGGACAGAUUUAUGCCGAGGACAACACAGCUGCAGGAGCGGAAAAGAAGAAGAGAAGAUGACCGUAAAAUUGGAACUUUUCUCGAAACGAGCACGAGUAGUAAUGAGGUUAUGAUUGGGCCUCUGUUACCAGGUAUACCUAAAGUGGACAUGCAUGACGACUCAUUGAAUACAACAGCGAAUUUAAUUCGGAAUAAACUUCAAGAGGUCAUCUCAUCUGUGCCAAAACCUCCAGAAGACAAGCUGGAAGAUGUGCAUACAAGUCGUCCAUUAAAGCAAAGAAGAAGAAUAUAGACUCAGCAGCAAAUUCUGUUUUUUACAGCACUCUAUUUUUUAUUUUUAGCCUAUCGUUUUAAUUGUUGAAGAGAUUCUACUGCUGGUAUUUUUUAAUGCACUCCUCUUUGUAAUAUCAUUCAAGCUACUUACCUAAUAAAAUUUCAUUUUUAAAAAUUAGUUUAUCAUGGACAAAAUACAUGCCAGCCAAAUAUGUUCCUUAAAAAAAGAAAACUAAACUUUU